AUGACUUCCAUCAAAUGCGAGGAGACGGCAGUGAGGGGAGAGAGCGCCGAGCAGUGCGCUCGGUUUGCGCUGCACGAGCUACUCGCCACGGAGCAACAGUAUGUGGAGGAUUUGAGUCGCGGACUCGAGCGCUACGGACGCAUCUUUGAGGAUCAGACUACGCUACCCAUUGGACUGCAGGGCAAGCAACAGGUAUUGCUGGCCAACGUAGCCCAAAUCUCGGCACUGCAUCGACAUGAGGUGCUGCCACUGAUGCUGCAGCAUCAGCAACAUUUGGAGAAACUUUUCGAUCGUUGGCGCGAGCUGCUUGAGCGUGGGCUCUUCUAUUGUUACGUGGUGUUUACCGCCAGCCAGAGGGCCAGCUUGCUCCUAUACGACACAAACGAGCCCUACUUCAAGCACCUCCAAAUUAAACUGGGAGACCCGUUAGGCAUACGUAGUUUUCUACUGAAGCCUGUCCAGCGCAUCGCAAAGUAUCCACUGUUACUUUCCAAGUUCAUAGAGGCCUUCUACAACAAUCGAGAGGUGAUCUCCAAGCGACUAUUUGAGGUGGCGUGCCGACUGGAGUUCCGACUGCGCGAGCUGCUGGAUACGGCCAAUCAGUCAGAUCUGCUCAAUGACAUCAAUCAUUUCAAUGCGUUCAACAUUCUCUGCGCCAACAACUUCAUUACAGUGGGCGAGUUUCUGGUUAACGAUGUAACACUACGACGCAACUAUAGCUGCAAACUCUUCGUCUUCAACACGUGCCUCAUCCAUGCCGAGGUCACUGGCAAGAAGCUGCUCUAUCGCGGCAAAUUUAUCGUGCCCGACGUAAGCUUUAAUGCCAAGUCCAGAUCAUUUGUGUUGUGCAACAAGCAGCGCGAAUGCGAAUUCUCCUGUAACCCGGGCACCAUCCAAAAGUGGGAGGCAAUCGUGCGCCAGCUGCUGGAGCGGUAUGCGAUGGUUACCCGCUGCACGAGCAACAGCGAUCCUACAGAGAAGGCAAUUUCAAAGGUCGACUACGAAUCUGCUGCGACGCUACCUGUGGAACAAACUACGGAUGCUGAUGCCUGGCUUUUUGUAGAGCAGGAUGUUAGUCGCCGCACCACCUGGUACACAGAGAGCUGA